UUAAAUCUCGAAAAGUUUUCAAGUAAAAUAGAUAAGAGAUAACGAUUAUGUUUGAUAAAAUAUAUUGAGUGAAAAAUAUCUAUUUUUAGACAGGGACUGUGGGUUUUAUAUUAUUUUGUGAUAUUUAGGAUUGCAUUGAUAAGCUUUGUCGUACUGUCAUCUGUCUUGUAAUUGAGGUUGGAAUAUUGAAGAAUAUUUACAAUUAUAAAACGUUACGCCUCUGUAUUUUUCAGUUAUUGUUAUUACUUAUUUCUUAUUAGUUUUGUGAAUUUAUUGCUAUACGAUAUUAAGAUGAACAAUAAAGUUUUUAAUAUUUUCAAUAUUAAUAAAAAAAAAAAUGAUGAAUGCGUAGUGCCCGUAGUGGUCAAAGAAACUUCCAUAGUAGAAGCUGAAGAGCCCGUAAUAGCACAGAAAAUACAGCCGAAUAGCCCUAAUGAUUUAGGUGAUAUUCACACCGGGCCAUACCGACCAAUAUUACAGGUGUAUCCAAAAACCAAACAUGGAACUCAAAACAGAAGUUUUAGUGCUUCAUGGUAUGAUCACUUUCCAUGGAUUGAGUACAGUAUCGAGAGUAAUGCAAUUUAUUGUUAUGUGUGCCGUAUAUUUGGUAAUGAGACUUCAGAGGAUACAUUUGUCAAAAUAGGAUUCAACAAUUGGAAAAAGCUUAGUGGCUCUAAAGGGAAAGGAUCAAAAUCAAAAUUACAACUUCAUGGCAGUUCUAAUCACCAUUUGGUAUGUUCAGCAAAAUGGUUUGCUCUUAAACAAACAAAAAAGUCAGGUUCUGUUCACACUAGCUUAGAAACUGCAAACCGAGAACAAAUUUCUAUAAACCGUGAAUAUUUGAAAAUAUUAAUAGAUAUUGUAUUAUAUUUAUCUAGACAAGGUCUAGCUUUCCGCGGUCAUGAUGAAAAAGAACUGUCUACUAAUCAAGGUAAUUUUUUAGAAACAUGUAAAUUAAUAGCUAAACAUAACACAGACUUUUUCAAAAAAUAUGAAACACCUAUUAAUUAUACAAGUUGGGCAAUUCAAAAUCAAAUUGUUCAACUAUGCGCAGAUAAUGUAAUUUCAACUAUAAGCACUGAUAUAAAGAAAUGUGGUUUUUUUUCUAUAAUGUGUGAUGAAGCCAGAAGUUUUAAAGAAGAACAAAUGGCAUUGUGCGUUCGAUAUACCAAUCAUUUUCAAAUCUUUGAACGUUUUUUGGGUUUCAUCAAUGUUUCUGAAAAUCAAAAUUCAGAAUCGUUGACAUCAGCAAUUGUUUGUUUUCUCAAAAAAUAUAACUUAAUUGAUGUUCCCAUAAUUGCUCAAUCAUAUGACGGAGCAAGUGUUAUGUCUGGGAAACAUGGUGGUGUUCAAAAAAAAAUUCAAGAAAAGUAUCCAUAUGCAAUCUAUACACAUUGUAUGGCACAAAAACCGCCACUCUAG